UUCGCGUGCAGGUUGAAUCUGCCGUUCAUUUCUAUCUCCUAUUUCAGUCCGCUGUAGCCACAGGGGAAAGGCAAAGCGCAAGAGGGGAGUUCAAGAAAGGGCGGUUCAUGAGAAGCUAAUGGCGACCCUCCUCUGGAGAAGAAGGCUACCCGGGGUCACAUACCUUAGCCAGGUUUCCUCUCACGUAUUCUCUCCUAAAUAUAGUUCAAUAAAAUGCUGUAAAUAUGCUACUGACAGAAUUGUUGAUAUUGGACAGCCAACUUGUAGAUCUCAUCCCGAGUUAUUUAGUGAAGGGGAGAUUACUUCUGGUAUCUCUAUACAUGAAUACAUCUCAAGGCGGAAAAAGCUCAUAGAGUUACUUCCAGAGAGGAGCUUGGCUAUCAUAGCAUCUGCUCCUGUCAAAAUGAUGACCGAAGUUGUGCCAUACUCAUUUAGACAGGACGCUGAUUACCUCUACAUCACUGGUUGCUUACAACCUGGAGGUGUAGCAGUUAUAACUGAUGAGUGCGGUCUAUGCAUGUUCAUGCCAGAUCCUGAUCCACAUGAUGAGGCUUGGCAAGGUCCAGUAGCUGGAGUUGAUGCAGCUUUAAAUUAUUUUAAGGCCGACAAAUCAUAUCCUAUGAGCAAAUUGCAUCAGGUCCUUCCAGAAAUGAUUGGUAAAGCAUCUAAAGUAUUCCACAAUAGAAAUACAGUCUCAACAUCUUAUACUGAUCUGGAAUCCUUUCAGAGGGCAAUGAACAGUGGUAAAGUAAAAGACCUCUCGUACUAUACUCAUGAACUUAGAUGGAUCAAAUCUCCAUCUGAACUAAAGUUAAUGCGGCAAUCUGCAUCGAUUGCAUGUCAGUCUCUGUUGCAAACGAUGUUAUUCUCAAGGAUGAACCCUGAAGAGAGUAAGUUAUCUGCCAAGGUAGAGUAUGAAUGCAAAAUGAGAGGUGCUCAAAGGAUGGCGUUUAAUCCUGUCGUGGGUGGAGGAGCAAAUGGCAGCGUAAUACACUACUCCCGGAAUGAUAAAAAAAUCCAACAUGGUGAUUUUGUACUAAUGGACGUGGGAUGUGAGUUUCAUGGUUAUCUUAGUGACCUAACACGCACUUGGCCACCAUGUGGUAGCUUCUCUUUUCAGGAAGCUCUGUAUGAACUCGUACUUGAGACAAACAAAGAAUGUAUCAAGCUUUGUAAACCAGGUGCUAGCAUUCAGGAGAUACAUAACCAAUCAGUUCAAAUGCUGAGGAGAGGUUGCAAGCAAAUUGGAAUCCUUAAAGAUGAAAGAAGCUAUACAUAUUAUCAGCUAAAUCCAACUUCAAUAGGUCAUUAUUUAGGAAUGGAUGUUCAUGAUUGUGCUACUAUUAGCAAUGAUCGGCCCUUGCAACCAGGUGUUGUCAUAACAAUUGAACCAGGAAUUUACAUCCCUAUCUCCUUCAAUGCACCUGAAAGUUAUCGAGGCUUUGGUAUUAGAAUUGAGGAUGAAGUUCUCAUCACUGAAACUGGUUAUGAGGUGAUGACUGCAUCAAUGCCAAAAGAAAUUUCACAUAUUAAGUCUUUGCUGAAUUUUGAUAAUAUCAGAUCAGAAAUACCAGAUUUGAGAGCAGCUCUCAGUUGAAUCUCACGGUAAAAAAUGCUGUUUCAAAUUGUAUAUUUGAACUAAUUUAUUAUUUUGUGGCCUUUAUAUGUUCAAAAUUCUCAGCUAAAGUAUCAGAACAGAAGUGCCUUGUUGAUGUAAGUAGGCACUGUGAUGAUUCUUAUAAAUCUUGUUUUUUUCGAAAUAUUUAAUUAAUGAAGCUAAUUAAAGGCAUACGGCCCAUGUUUGCCUUUCACAUUAAGGCUU